AUGAUGCUGGGUCCUCUCGGGGGCCCGAACUCACCGCCCCAUUCUCCUACCUCCGCCGCGCCGGCGAUGCUUCAACAUAAGUACGCCGCUCGCCAUUUGCCACCGUCCGGUAUUCAGCCCACAGGCAACGGCCAUCAAUUCAGCUUUACUCCUUCCAAUCGCUUUGCACAGCUAUCACCUCGCACGUCAUCUGAAGAUUCCGACGAAGAAUCCGAAUCCGAAUCCGACUCUGAUGAGAGCGAACUUCCACAAGCACCUCAGGCAAAAUCUGAGGAUGAAGAGGAUGAUAGCGACGACGAAGAAAGUGAAGACGAUAGCGAUGAUGAUGCAGACGAUGAAGACGAGGACGUGCCCAUGAUGGCUCCUCCUCCUCCUCCAGCUCUCAUGUCAGCUCCAAUGCGGGCACCAAUACGAGCACCUUCGCGCCCGCCAUUGCACCAGAGCAUGGCUGUCGACAGCAGUUCCGAAGAGGAGUCGGACGAUGAGGAAGACGAAGAAGACGAAGAAGGAGACGAUGAAGAGUCCGAAGAGGAUUCGGAAUCUUCAGACUCUGACUCGGAAAUGCUGCCUCACGCCCCAGAAGCGCCCCCGAUUCCCCGCCCGGCCCCCGCCGCCGUCGCUGCUGCUGCAUCAGUCGCAGCACCAGCGCUGCACGUGAAGGCGAACUUCACCGUCGAAGAAAUGUCUGACUUCGAUCCCAUGGACCAAGAUCGCGACGGAAUCAUGGCGCCUUCGGGCUACUCCUCUCCAGCGUCCGCCCGCUCCCGCUCCCGCGCUCCGGUUGCCGCUCCGAAGCCCGACCCGACUUCCCGGUUGGCACGAGAAUUUGACCACCUCAACUUUCCCAGCUCGGACUCAGAAUCCGAGGAUCUGGAUGCAGACGAGGCACAUGAAGAAUUCAUUCGUGUGCAGCGCACAUUGCGGAUGCUCAGGCGCCGAACUCACGGGUCAAGCAUUGGCAAGCGGACCAUAUCGGAGCGCAGCGAAUCUGAUCACGAGGAUAUGCCUCUCGACCCCGACGCCGUAGGCUCCAGCGCAAGGAGACUACGACGCCGUGUGGGUGAUCAAUCAGUCCGCCGGAGCUUCAUCUUGCAAUUCCAAGACCCCCCGCCCCCGCGCAUCGACGAACUCGACGAGCCGGAUAGCGAGGUGGAGGGAAUCUUUUUUUGCGAUCACGAGACACUCGCGAGGGAAUUGCCGUAUUAUUCCAUUGAGAUCAUUGAGUAUGAGUCUCCCAGCCCAACCAGCCCUCGCAGCCCGUGA